AGCCAUUAUAUGUGUUCCGGAUCAGUCCAAGCGUAGCGUCAGUACAUCGUUGCGGAGUGGCACGAAGAAAAAUAUAGAAGACUUUGUGAACACCACCGCAAUUCAAUAAUUGAAUUUUGAAUAAAAGAGAAGAGCAAUAGUGUUUUAAAAGUGUUGAUAAGUUAUUGAAAUGUCUUGAAGUUCUAAUUGUUAUAUUGUGACAUACUUCACAGAUUACAAGAAUGGAUUUCAUUUCUUUGGUACUGUGCACUGUUUGCAUUAUUGUGAUUUCCGCAAUUCUGUCGAUAAUAUAUGACCAAUGUGUUCGACAGAAAUUUAAAAACAUUCCCCAAACUGAAGGCUAUCCUAUUAUUGGUUCAACACUUGAUUUAAUAAAACUGUCACCAUAUGAACGUACGAAAUGGCAAAUAUCGUUUAUGGAGAAGACACGUAAAGAAGGAAUAUUUAUACAAUGGAUUGGAACCAUGCCCCUUAUUUGGAUGUUUAAGCCAGAAUAUUUAGAGAAAAUUUUACCUAGCACCGUAAAUAUUACAAAAGGAGAUGAUUAUAAUUUAAUAAAACCUUGGUUAGGCAACGGACUUUUAACAUCUACAGGACAACAAUGGUUCCACGAUAGAAAACUCAUCGGGCCAACGUUUCAUUUUACUAUAUUGGAUCAAUUUGCUGUGAUUCAGUUUGAAAAGGCAGAAAUCUUAUUAAAGUGUAUCGAAAAAAAAAGAAAGGAAAAUUCAGGGAAAGCUAUUGAUAUUUGCCCUCUAUUAACCAAUGUUGCCCUUGAUAUUAUUUGUGAAACGGCAAUGGGCGUUGAUAUAAAUGCUCAAGAACUCGACACACCAUAUACAACGGCAUUACGAAAUUUUACUGAUUUAGCAAUGGAGCGAUUCUUUCGACCAUGGUAUUGGAUUGACUGGUUGUACUUUUCAUUACCUGCAGGAAAGAAGUAUACAUCAACAGUUGACACAUUGCACAAAUUCACAACAGAGGUAAUAAGUAAAAAAAAGGCUGAACGACAAUCGCAAAGCGAUCAUACGGACACUAAAACUGAGGAUGAUGAUAUCAAUAUAGGUAAAAAGAAAAGAAAAGCAUUUCUAGAUCUACUAUUAGAUCAGAAUGAGAAAACCGAUACUCCUCUGACCGAUGAAGAGUUGAGAUCGCAAGUCGACACGUUUUUGUUUGCGGGACAUGACACAACUUCAUAUGCGAUGAUUUGGGCACUCUUUCUCUUGGGCAAUAAUCCGCAGCAGCAGGAAAAAGUUCACGAAGAACUCGAAGAGGUUUUCGGAGAUUCAGAUGCACCAGCCACUACAAAGGAUUUGGCGAAAUUAAAGUAUCUCGAAAGAGUCAUAAAGGAAACGCUCCGAAUAUUCCCAAGUGGAGCUAUAAUCUCAAGAAAACUAAUAGAAGAUAUAAAAUUGGAUGUUGGUACAAUUCCAAAAGAUAACACGGUCGUAAUAUCAAUUUUUUUGGUACAUCGAAAUCCAGAGGUUUGGCCGGAUCCAUUAAAAUUCGAUCCAGACCGCUUUCUUCCUGAAAACUCGAGAGAUAGAAAUCCGUACGCUUACGUUCCGUUCAGUGCUGGACCUAGAAACUGUAUAGGUCAAAAAUUCGCUCUACAAGAACAGAAAAUUAUAUUGAGUACCGUUCUCAGAAAAUAUAAAGUGAAAAGCAUGAAAACGCUCGAUGCAAUUAAGUAUAUCGUCUCUGUCGUUUUACAACCAGAUGAAGAAGUACUCGUACAGUUCAUACCAAAGAAAUGAACAAUUCAGAAAUAUAUGCUUUUUACAUACGACUUUUAUAAUUUUUUUUCAUUAAUUAUUUUAGGUUUACAUUAUAUACCCAUAUUUUUGCAUAUAUUUACAAACACAUGUUAACAUAUAUGUCUAGAUAUAUUGUGAUAUAUCACAAAAAUUUAAUAAAAACGUCGAAAUCUAUUAAGAUAAUCACGCUUCGAUGAUGUAAUACUUUAUUAUUGUUUGAUAUAAUUUGGAAUCACGCCUUGCAGACAAAAUAUCUUAAGCUAAUAAAGUAAUUUUAAAUGAUAAAUGCAAUUUGAACAAAAGAUCUGUACAAUUUGCUAUAUGAUUUAAGCAUUACUAAAUGCUUAAAGCCAGAACAAUAUUUUUGUAUGUUGUUUUUAUAUUCUUAUACCUAACAUUAAAAAAUAAUAUUAAGCAAUUCACAAAAUCUGAAUAACAAUUAUACAUGUUAAUAUGUAUUUAUCAAAUUCCAAUAAUUAUUUAUGUUUUUUGAGACAAGUAAUGUGAACUUUAACUCUUGCAAUUUUAUAACAAAAUGUAUAAAUUUUUUACUAGGAUAAAAUGUAUGUACCGAAAACGGCAUGGAAUAUGCUAUAUUACGAGGUAAACAAGGAAUUGGUUUUAAUAUAUGAAGAAGUCAUGUUUCAGUUUACAAAAAAUUAAACAGCAAAUAGAUAGUAAAAAAUAUAUGGUGAAUUAAAAAUAAAA